GAUUUCGCUAAUCUUAGAAACGUAGAGACCACAAUCCUUAAAGGAUACUGGGAUAUUUUUUUUCUUUUUUUUUUGCCAUCCUAGCUCAGGCCGCUGUUUUACACGUCGACGGAAUUGAUGCUGCUUGGCUGGAGUCCUCUAGGCCGCCUCUGUUUUAGCAAAGCGCCUCCUCCGGCCCGUUCUUUCCCCACCCUCUCAUCGUAGCGUGCAACCUCGAAGUGCAGCUUUUUUUCUCCCUUUUGCACAAUUGUGCCAUCGGGGAAGAUCAUGAAUGUGUUAUGCCUUAUCUUCGCCUUGAGUUCUUGGGGGGUUCACACCUUGGGAGACCCCGGCCCCUUAGAGGAUGUUGUCAUUGAUAGAUACUACAUCCCCAAAGUGUGCUUGCGAGAAGUUCAGAUGGGUGACUUCGUCCGCUACCAUUACAAUGGGACCUUUCAAGACGGCACCAAGUUUGACUCCAGCUAUGACCGUGGUGCUACUGUGGUAGGUAUCGCAGGUGUGGGACGACUCAUCACUGGCAUGGACAGGGGCCUGCAGGGCAUGUGUGUGAAUGAGAGGAGGCAUCUCAUUGUGCCACCACACCUUGGCUAUGGCAGCAUCGGUGUUGCUGGUCUCAUCCCACCAGACACCACCCUCUAUUUUGAUGUCAUCUUGCUUGACAUUUGGAACAAAGAAGACAAGUUGCAGAUCACCAUCCUCCACAAGUCACAACAAUGUAAUCGCACAGUGGAGAAUUCAGAUUUUGUGCGUUACUACUACAACGGCACACUUCUGGAUGGAACCCCCUUUGAUUCAAGCUAUGGAAAAGACAAUACUUAUGACACCUAUGUGGGUUCAGGCUGGCUAAUCAAAGGUAUGGACGAAGGCUUGCUAGGGAUGUGUCCUGGAGAGAAGCGGCAAAUAGUCAUGCCUCCUUUCCUGGCCUAUGGAGAGAAAGGCUAUGGUACGGUCAUCCCCCCAGAAGCAUCUUUGGUUUUUUAUGUUCUUCUGGUGGACUUGCACAAUCCAAAAGAUAGUAUCUUCUUGGAGCACUUGGAAGUGCCAGCAUCAUGCAGACGCAAGGCUGUGACUGGAGAUUUUGUGCGGUACCAUUAUAAUGGCACUUUAAUGGAUGGGACCCUCUUCGAUUCCAGUUAUUCACGGAAUCAUACUUAUGACACUUACAUUGGAAAAGGCUAUAUCAUCCCUGGAAUGGAUCAAGGACUACAAGGGGUCUGCAUUGGUGAAAGAAGACGAAUAAAAAUUCCUCCCCACCUAGCCUAUGGAGAAAGUGGGGCAGGGAACAAGAUACCAGGCUCAGCUGUACUUAUAUUUGAUGUCCAUGUCGUUGAUUUCCACAACCCCACAGAUUCCGUAGAGAUAGAGACCAUCUUCCGCCCUGUAGACUGUAACGUCACUGCUCAGGAUAGAGACUUUGUUCGCUAUCAUUAUAACUGCUCACUUCUGGAUGGCACCAAGCUUUUCUCCUCGCAUGAUUAUGAACAUCCUCAAGAAGCUACCCUGGGUACCAGUAAAAUAAUUGAAGGCUUGAACAAUGGCCUACUGAGCAUGUGUGUGGGAGAGAAGAGGAUUGUCAUUGUUCCUCCACAUUUGGGGCAUGGUGAAAAUGGUGCCCGGGGUGUACCUGGAAGUGCUGUUCUUCGCUUUGACUUAGAACUUUUACACUUGGAAGUUGGUGUUCCAGAAGGUUAUUUGUUCAUCUGGCAUGGUGACCCACCACAAAAUCUAUUUGAAGCCAUGGAUCUGAAUAAAAACGGUGAAGUCCCAUCAGAAGAGUUCUCCACAUUCAUUAAGUCCCAGAUUGCAGAAGACAAAGGUCAUCUGAUUCCAGGCAUUGAUCCAGAAAAAGUAAUCACAGACAUGUUUCAGAAUCAAGACAGGAAUAAGGAUGGGAAGAUCACAUUAGAGGAAUUGAAGCUUAAGUCAGAUGAGGAUCAAGUUAAACAUGAGGAACUUUGAAUUAUAAAGAGUCCCUUUUUAAAAAAUGCUCCCAUUUGGUGGUCCUUUCCCUAUUUAUGGGAGCAAAUUGGCCUCUAAUCACUGCUAUACUGGAUAUAGGAAGCCAGUAGUUUUUUUUCCUCAUUUGGUUUUGCUUUGACUAUAUAUUAUUGGAAAUGAGUUAAAUGAGAAACAAAACCCAGUGGACUAAAUGAAUGAUGAUAAAUCUCCCAAUUCACUGGUUGCAUAUCCUUCCUGAAACAUUCUUCCAUCUCAAUUGAAUUAUGUGUAUAGCACAUUGUCUUACCCAGAAAUCAUGACAUUAAAACAAACAUUCUGCUUGGGAUCUGUGCAUUCAGCUGUCCAAAUCAGGGUUGAAUUCACUAUCAGAAAACCCAGACUGGCUUAUUGGAACCAAAUAAGCAGUAUCAGAACUCUGUAUUCACUAACUAUUUUUAGGUUUUUAAGGGAAACACAACCCAAAUUUCUUUUUGGUAUAAAUUAGAAUAAGCAGACAUUUUUUAAAAAUAGAUUCCUGCAUGAUGGUUAAAGGAUUUAAUUGGUUCAGUCUUAUAAUUUUAUCUUUGAAUUCUGCUGUUAAAGGACAGGGUUUGGAUCAAUACUAAUCUUGAAAAUCCAGUGUCUUGAUCAGAAGGGCAUGAUCAUAAUUUACUUUCCUUAAACCAGCUUUGGUUGUAUUUUUGCCUAAUGGGGAUCUAUGAUUAACUGAUAAAAUUAAAAUCCUUUAACUGUUAAAAUUCUUGAAGCAACCAGUCCACCAUAAAAAACUGACUGGUAAAAAUAAUGUAUUUUUAUGGCAGGCAAUUGGACUGUUAAUAUCAGUGACUUUGUUGGUCAAAAGGAUGUUAGUCUUAAUUUGAUAUCAGUUAGUUACUCAACCUCACUCCAACCCCCAGUACCGCUAUAUAAUAAGUACUAAUACGAAGGCUAAAGUAAGUUAGGAAAACCUGUGCACAUCCAUGUCUGAGAUACUGAGGUACAGGUUUCAACUGAAUCAUUAAAAUUCUCAAAAACAACAUGCAAUAAUUUCUUUCAAGCAACAAGCAAAAGUACAGGGCACUUAUAGUUAUAUUGACAUGUUUUCUGAAGGACAGAACUCAUAAGUCCUAUUUGUAAUGUUUGCACACAAUAUACAGAUAGCUGCAUUGACACUCACAAACAAUUUCUCCAAGCUGGUGUCUUAUAGAAAUAUAUGGAUUUCAGUUGUCAUGCCUUUUUCUAUCUGAGUAACUGAUUUUCUCUCCUGCGCUUCAAGUUGUACAUUAAGUCAUUCAAGAAAGUCCUAACAUAGCAGUCACUUGUUUUGAAAGCACUUAGGUCACCAAUGGAGCAAAUAUUUAUCAUUACACAGAGGGUACAAAAUUAAAAUGUCUCUUGUGUUUCACCCACCUAAAAAUAGUCUAGGGCCCAUUAUCUUUUACUGAAGAGAACAUUCAGAAAUGUACAGUAUCUAGAAUUAUUUUGAAUAAACCAUAAUGUUAAAGAUUGAAA